AUGGUGCGUCAGCAAAAAAGAUCAAAAACCGCGCCCUUCAAAAUUGCGUUGUUAGCUCUGGCUUUGUGCUUUCUUCGUUUGCAUGGAGAUCGAGCAUUGGCAGUGCCAAGCUCAGGCAAGGGGAUACCCGGUGGAAAAUGUCUCGUGCUUCCACCCAUUGGAAAGGCUGCGGAUGAAACACGACAUUUUUUCAUUUCCUUGCAAGGCUAUGAAGAGAAGAUCAGCUAUCUGUUUGAAGGAGACCAUGAUGUCGUCUUCAUCCGAGGCGGUGUAGCAACUGGCAAAACCACAUUGGCAAUGCACCUGGCGGGCAAGUUCCCCAGGAAAUACGUGAAUGUCCCCUUCACUGACGGUGGUACUGAAGACGCUUGGAAGAUGAGAACUAUAGAAGCAGUGGAGAAAGCAACCAACGCGAAGAUUGUCAGAGACAGUUUAGCCUUUGGGAAUGCUCUGAGGCAGGCGUACGAAGGGAGUCUGAUCUUGAUCUACGACGAAGCCCACACACUCUUUUCGUCGGAGGAUUUGUGCACAAGUCUUUUCAAGAACCAGAAAGACUAUAAGCCAAAGGUUUUGCUAUUUUCAGCGUCGGGGGAAUGGAAAAGAGCAGACGGACUCACAGUGGCUACGCCGAUGGAAAUCACACAAAAGUUCAUGUGGGCACCAACGCUGCCUUACACUCAAGAGCUCCGGGACCAGUUACAAGAUUGUGGCAUCAACCUGGACAAAGCGAGCAUUGAGUUCUUCAUUCACUUUUGUGGAGGCCAUCGCGGCAUUUUUAUUGCAGCGAUGCACUGGGUGCAGAGCAAGCAACAGGACGGUGGAGCCUGGGACUUUUCAAAGACUGUUCAGCAGGUGAGGACCAGUUACGGCAAUGGGGAUUGGCUUUGCGCUGACGACGAGAUAUUAGGUCAGUUGCGCGAGAGCCGCGCGGUGCGCGUCAAUGGAGGCUAUGAAGCCCAAAACACGCCACGAGAAUUCGUUCAGAUCUUGUCCGAGGGCUCAUCAGUACUGCCAGCAAACAUUCGGAAGGAACUUACCAUCAGUGGCUUUGUGGUUCCCAAACUUGCCGAACCUAAACCGGGCGAGUUCCGGAAGUUGGAUUGGAAGAAUGAGCGCGUGGAAUACGGAGUAGCAAAUCCUUUGUUGGCAGCGUACUACCUUUACACCCUCAAAGCAAGUUGUCAGCUGACGAUUCGCUUCGAUUCCAGCAGGCCCCAAAGCUGUGCUGAUCUGUUGAUGCGUGCUUUACCGUACCUUUCGUUCUCUAAAGUCGUGAGCUUUGGGGGUGCGUUGGCCCAGACGGAUAGCCUUCCGGCUGAGAACCAUUACAACCAAGCCAUUUGCAAUGUUUUGGGUGAAAUGGACUAUCAACCUUUUGCCACAGAAAUUGCAAGAAGGGGUGGCGGAAAGCCAGACAUUACAGUGCAUAUGGAUGAGGUCAAGUUUGUCAUGGAGGGAGUGAAGUUUGCCAGCGGAAUGCCGCAAAUACAAAAGCACCUUGAGCGGUUCACGACUAAGGCCAACUACAAGGCCACGCACAAGGCCCUUUACAUCAUAGGCAAUGACGCUGAUAAGAUGCUAAAGCUGCUAGAGACCCUGCAAAAUCAAAGCACAACCGGUGAUCUUCAACUCAUUGGGUUGGUCCCUAACAUCGCGCACACAGCUUACACCGUCCACGUCAAGGACAAGGGCAUCCCAAACAUCAGCACCGUCAAUGUGGAGUGCGACCUGGUGGCAAGGAGAUUAGUGCUCAAUAACAAUGGCAAGACGGAGCUCUACAGCACGCAGUCGUUGCUCGACAUCCAGUUGUCCAAGCGCGCGCUUCAAACAAGAACCACUGCCUCUUCCAUCACUUGGGUGCGGCAGCUGCUGAAGCGGGACAAG